GGUUGUCUCCGCAGAAGGAGCGGGAUGCAGCUCGCCCGGUGGCUCUACCUCUCGGGGCUGGUGUUUGCCAUGCUCAUCCCAGUGGGGUGGCCCAUGGGGGGCCCCAAGGACUUGGAUGACACAUCCAGGUGGCAGUGGCAGGAGUCACCAAGCGCCCACGGCUUUGUGGAAAACACCAAGAGACAUUCAGAAGGCACCUUCACCAGCGACUUCACCCGCUACUUGGACAAGAUGAAGGCCAAGGACUUUGUCCACUGGCUCAUCAACACCAAGAGGUUCAGGUGA